CGUCAUGGCCGGCAGACGAGGGGCGCUGAUCGUGCUGGAGGGAGUGGACCGAGCCGGCAAAAGCACGCAGAGCCGGAGGCUGGUGGAGGCUCUGCGGGCAGGGGGGCACCAGGCCGAGCUUCUCAGGUUCCCGGAAAGGACAACAGAAAUUGGACGGCUAAUAAGUUCCUACUUGGAAAUGAAAAACAACUUGGAGGACCACACAGUGCAUCUGCUAUUUUCUGCUAAUCGCUGGGAGCAAGUGCCAUUAAUUAAACAGAAGCUAAAUCAAGGUAUCACUCUGGUAGUGGACAGAUAUGCUUUUUCUGGGGUGGCCUUCACAAGUGCUAAGGAGAACUUCUCCUUGGAAUGGUGUAAGCAACCUGAUACAGGGCUACCAAAGCCAGACUUGAUUCUCUUUCUUCAGCUGUGCACAUCUGAAGCAGCCAAACGUGGAGACUUUGGAAAUGAACGAUAUGAGGACAGAUCUUUUCAGGAGAAAGUUCUACAGAGCUACUAUCAUCUGAUGAAAGAUAAGACUUUAAACUGGAAAGUGAUUGAUGCUUCGAAGAACAUAGAAGAUUUACAUGACGAAAUUAAAUCCUUUGCGGAGGAGGCCAUGCAGGAGGCUCAACACACACCCAUAGGAGAAUUGUGGAAAUAGAACUGUUCUGCCACUUCAUCUUCGUGGGUCAAUC